AUUUCAAUUAUGUAUAAGAAUAAUGUGAUCAAAAUUAGAAAACCUGCUCCUAAUUUUUGUGGAGAAGCUUAUUAUAAAGAUGGAUUUAAGAAAGUUAGUUUAAUACAUAUAACAUAGAUCUCUUUGAAAGAUUUCAAAGGAAAAUAUCUAUUAAUGUUUUUUUAUCCAUUUGAUUUCACAUUUGUUUGUCCAACCGAAAUCAUUGCCUUUUCUGAUAGAGUUCAAGUAUUACUUAUCAAAAUAACUUUUUAAUAGGAAUUCCGUAAGAUUGGUUGUGAAGUAGUAGGAAUAUCAACAGAUCAGAAAUUCUGUCACAUGAAGUAUUGUGAAACAGCAAGAGAUCAAGGAGGAUUGGGAAAACUAAAUAUUAUGUUAAUUUCUGAUAUUGGAAAAGUGAGAUUAUACUUAUCUUAUUCUAGAACAUUUCCACAAAUUAUGGAUGUUUAAUAGAUGAUGAGAAUGAUGAAGAGUAUGGAGCUUCAUUUAGAGGAACUUAUAUAAUUGAUAACAAGGGAAUUUUAAGGCACUAUUCAAUUAAUGAUACUUCAGUGGGAAGAAAUGUAGAUGAAUAUUUAAGGUAAAUUUAAAUUGAUUGAGAGAUUGAUAGAAGCAUUCAUUUAUACUGAUACACAUGAUGAAGUAUGUUAAGAAUCUUGGAAGCCAGGAAAUCAAGGAAUAAAAUGUAUCAAAUAAAGUGUUCACAGCCAUAAUUCAUCAGCUUGUUGUUCAAUGAUUUGA